AUGCGUCUAGGCCGUCAAGCUCACUGCACGAUUGUAGGGAGCCCAAAGUACGAAGUAUAUCUCCUCUUUGUUAAUGACAUGGUCCUGAUCCCUGCCAACCACUUUACAACCUCAAAUGUUUUCUACGAGAAAGGUUGCCAGUCUGCGAUUAGUUCUCUUCAGCUCGAUUGGGCCCGUAUUAUUGAGUUGCGCCAUCAACUCUUUGUUUGGCUCCAAUUACCGAAACAGGUAGAGAACGAGGGGGUGGGACUUUGUACACACCUAUGUGCCCGGGGAGAAGAAGGAGGAGGAGGGGAUGCGGAAUGCCCCGCCAGUAGUGUGGACAAUGGGUCGAAUCAUGGCCGAUCGUCGACAAGCACAAAGUUUCAUGGCUUGCAGACAACACAACUUUGUAGAGUCCGGGAGAAGGAAUUCGCAGGGCGCUAUGGAAUUGCAAGUGCUGAUUCGGAGACCUCCCUGUCGGGCUGUCUGGUUCGAAGAGGAUAUGCUUCCGACGUAGCAUUGGCUAGACCGGGGAAUGUCAACCUGGGGAGAGGGGCUGUACAAAUCCUCCCCCACUCAGGUCUUACAAGACGAUGGAGCGAAACAAGGAAUUGUGCGUUAGCCAUUUGGGCACUGAUGCAGAAAGUGGAUAACCUGCUGCUGCUGAUAGAUGGCCAACGUCGUGGAGCUAACGGCACGCCUGAAUCUCAAAAGUCCCGCGCAUUCCUUGGGGGUCAUUGGCACGAUGGCCAUCAUCAUUGGGGGAUGAGAACUGGCGGUAAGGGAAUCCCGGGACUAGGUGUUGGAGUAUGCCAGGAAAACCGGCCAAAGGGAAGCAAAUGUGGUAGCAUCCUGAACCUCAUGGAUCCGGUCGAGAGCCAGAGAGACUGCAGACCAAAGGUACACCACGCAACCAUCCGUAACGGGAAGUUACGAGAUUUCCACAACACGACAAAGGCUUUUGUCGCGGCACUUGGACCAUCCUCCGAGUACAACUGGUUGAGGGGCGGGGAGGGGGGCGCAAAAAGGCUAAACAGCGAGGGAACAAUAGGUGGUAUGGCUUACGAAGGGUUCCAUGAUCCCAGUCAGAGCUGUCAUCCUCUCUUGUGCAUACUGGAACCAAACUCUCCCCUCCUCAUCUGCGAGAGACGCGUCGAUGACAAGAAGCUCUCCCAGUAUCGUAAUUGGACGAAGCGGAGACCCGCCGGGACGGCGGCAGGUUCUGAACCAUGGAAACAAAUGAGACGGUGCAGAAAACUCUUCGAGACCAAAGCACUUUGGUGGGACGGCGCAGGCAAUUACCGUCCAGCAAGUGCAAUAAUCAAUCCACCCAGCGUGGCCCCAGGGUGCAGAGCCGGAGCGCAGACACGGUUCGGGCCAUCAAUCCUAGAUGCGGCGAUUCUCGUCGAGAUGGCUCUGGCCUUUUCCCUGCAGUCUUUGAAGCCGAGCGAUGUCAUUUUCCCUCAUGCGGGAGUGUGUGACAGCUCGGAAGUGGCCGUCGGAACUGUGGCAAAUAACACUGACGAACCAGGAACCUCCUUAAAUGUCACCAGGGACCGCCCCAGGUACAAGCCUCCAUUGAGCGCGGUGGAAAUACAGAUUCAAGAAGAUCACAUUGCGAUCACUGUCAUGGCCAUCCAACAUCCGCCAGACAGGGCGUAA